CGGACGUAUCGAGGGAUCACUGCAACAAGACGGUGGACAUCUUCGAGGACAUCAGCUCGCCGGAGGUCAGCAACCAGAACGUGGGUCGUCCGCUGACCUGCUGGUACCGCUUCCGGACGCUGAAGGGGGCGCCCCGCGACUUUGUGCUGCGUCUGCGAUUCAAGAAGUUCAAAGUGGGUCAGCUGCUGAAUGCGACCCACUGCGAGGGCGGCUACUUGCAGAUUGUUGAUGGCAAUGCCAAGACGGAUGUCUCGAAUCGCCGGGAGCCCGGAAUGUUCUGCGGGGAGGCGGAACAGCCGCAGACAUUCAUCAGCGAGACCAGCUAUGUGAAGGUGCUCUUCCACACGGACAACUUUACGGAUCAGACCUACUUCACAUUCGAUUCACGCGCGGAACAGCAAACCGAAGUCUAUCUGCGAUAUGGCCAACAUCCGGAAUUAUAUCCAAAUCGUCGCGGCGAAGUUGUCCAAGGCUCCUACUGCGAACGCGAGUAUCGGGAUUGUCGCCUGCAGACCUGCUACGUUCAAUCGCCCGCGUAUCCUGGCCUAUAUCCUCGGGCUCUGAAUUGCCGAUAUAAGUUGCACACUCGCCAGCCAUAUAUCAAAUUGUAUCUGCAGAACGAGCAGUUUGCAGUGGAUGGUCAAAGGUGUGAGAAUGUGAUGACCUGCCCCAUCAGGCCGAUCGGAUCUGGUAAUGAGCACUGUCCCUACGACUGGUUGGCCGUAUACGAUGGACGUGAUGAGCACUCGCCGCUCAUUGGGAAGUUCUGCGGCCUGGGCAAGUUCCCGUUCAGCAUUAUUGGCACAUCACAAUACAUGUAUGUGGAGUUUGUGACUUCGCCGGCGGGUCCGCUGCUCAAUACAGGCUUCCAUUUCAACGUUGGCAACUGGCCAGGUCAUGUGGAGACGGCCGGGAUCAAGCACGGCGUCUGCGACUGGCUACUGAGCUCCGACUCUUUAAAGGACAGCAGCGCCAGCGAGGGCAUCUUCCUCAGCAUCGCCCACUGGUAUCCGCCGAAUACGUCCUGCAGCUACCACAUCAAAGGACAUGUCGGCGAAAUUGUGCGCCUUUAUUUCCCCAGUUUCCGCAUCAAUCGGAUCGAAUCACCGAUUUUGAAGUACGAAGGAGACUGCGGAGAGUCCCUGACCAUCUACGAUUCCGACCAUGCCGAUCCAGCCCGGAUUAUCAAGACCUUCUGCGACACAUUCUCGCGGCCCAUGGAGAAGGUGGACUUCGUGAGCACCAGCCCCUCACUGUACGUGCAGUUCGACUCGAAGACGGGCAGCUAUAGCGGCAGCUCACUGUACUACUGGGCGCACUACGAUUUCUUCAACAAUACUCGUUUUGGGGACCCAGUGCCAAACACCCUAUGUGACGAGGUUAUGUAUGCCUGGAAGCAUCCAGGUGGACGUCUUCGAUCGCCCUUGAAUUCACUGAUUUUCAAGCGAACCGGCGGAAGCGAUGUGCGCUGUCAAUACAAAUUUGUGACCGAUCGAAGACUGUAUGCCCGAGCCAUAAUCGAAGUGAAUUCUGUUUCCUUCAAGGAACUUCCGUAUAAUAGUAACGCGUGCACUCGGUGUCACGAGGAGCGAGUGGAUAAGCUGGUGAUCUGGGAGGAGCGGGAUAAGUACCAGAAUAACCUGGCCUGCUUUUGCGACAACAUCCCCAGAGCGGUUAGAGUUAUAUCCUCGGCAGAUCAAAUGAAUCUGGAAAUGAUUGUGCAGGGCCAGCAUGCCAUUACCUCGUACUUCAAGAACCCGAAUCCUCUCUUCGAAGCUACUUAUGAGUUUGCCCAUGGUCCCUUGUGCGGUCCCAUUACCCUCGGACCCUCGCCAGAUGGGGAACUGGUAUUCCCCUACAAGAAGGCUUUGGCCAUGGUAUCGGGACCCAUGGCACCGCCAGAACAUCAUUAUCGCCGAGAGAAGUGCAUUUGGGAACUAAAAGUAGCCGCCCAGCGGGAUCUUUGGCUAAACUUGGAGAAAGCUCGCUUUGCAGAUCGCAGCUGCGAUAGUGCCAAGAUCGAGGUCUAUUUGGCGGGUCGUCUGGAGCCCCGAUUUGUGGUUUGUCCCGAAAAUAUAUCCUUAGCCAGGGAUUUGCCUAUCCUCACCACAGCGGAGUUGGGAGCCACCGGUGCCGAUCAGGAACCCCUGCCCGUGCUCAUCCAGUACACGGGUGAUGGUCAACCAGGCCGAAACAUUUUCCGACUGGUUUGGACGGAACUCUUCCACCUGCCUCGCAAUCCGGACGGCAGUCUGGCUGCCUCCCUCCUUCAGGAUGGCGGCUGUGAUUUCCGAUGUCCUGGAGACACUGAAGUCUGCAUUCCGAAGCACUUACUAUGCAAUGGAAUACCCAAUUGCCCAAAUGUGACGCAUACUUCGACGUUGUCCCAACUCACACGACAUAUUGAGUGGAAUUUGGAGCAAUUGGGAUUACUCCACCAUGAUGGCGACUACCAGCAGUUGGUGCUGCAUGAUGAAUCCCCCGAGAUCUGCCUGAAACGCGAUCUCAGUGAGUUGCCAUACGGAAAGUUAUCCUUGAUAGCCCUUGGACUGUGCCUCAUGUUCGCACUGCUUUUCGCGAUUCUAAGAAGGAUGUGCAGAAGCUCGUCCUUACACCAAGGAAGGCAUCAUCUGCAAGAGGAUUACUAAGCACCUAAACGACAAGAGUUCUGUGAACCUUUUUUCUAAUUUAUUUGAUCAAUACUUAGAUAUUACCAAUCUGAUAUCCUGGGUUUUGUUAAAUUCUUAAAACUGGCACUCUCGCCUUAAUAAUUAAUUAUAUUACAAUUUAAUUAUUUUGAAGAAUUCAACCAUUACGUUAUGUUACUAGCCCAAGAACUGUAUGUUUUUUUUUAAUGCAUUGCAUAUAGGAUCCCCCUUACAAGUAUUUAUGUAGCUCUGACUAGUGGAGUCUAUAACUUUCGCUCUACGUGACAUAUAAUGAAAAUUAAUUGCAAAUAAUUGUACGAUAAAAACUAUUAAAGCCCUCAAACAUAUAAAUGUUUAAAAAACACUCACAACAUGAAAAGAACUUAAACUGCCCUGAAUAAAUUAAUUAAAACAAAAAAUUGUCACGUGAUAAUUGUUGAAAGAAGCGAAAUACUUUAAAAGCGUAAAGAAACUAGAUUUUAAUUAAGGUAGACAGGUAAAAUGACAAAAACAAAAUAAAGUCGAAACGAAAGCAAACAUUUAAUUCAAAGUAAAAGAAUAAUUAAAAUAAACAAUUGUUGGUGGUUUUUAUUAGUUAUUAUACCGAUAAAAUACAAUAUGAAUAUAUUGUACUAUUGUUGGCAAAUUGUCAACCGAAACAUACAUAUAUAUACAUGCAUAUGUAUAUAUGUACGAUAUACAUAAUAUAGGGUAUAUUUUUUGCACAUAGAUUUACCUAGUCCAUAAUUGAACGAAGAACUUCCCCCAUGAAUUCCACAAAUUGUGGCAGAAAUUUUAGAACGAGGAAACAAAAACCGAUAAUUCCCAGAGAAAUUGUAAAUUGAAACCAAAAAUGGUUCUAGCAUAUAAGUCUAUAUAGAAAUGGAAUCGGAUGAAUAAAAGUGGCAUUGCGGAUUGCAAAAUCAAAGUCUUGUUCACAUCCCCCAUUGAUAAAUUGUUGACAGUAAACUCCUCACUGAAACCUAAACGCUCCUUGAAAUUCUGCACCUCUAAGGUACAGCUGUCCCCAAACCACAA